ACGUAAUCAAGACCUACCUACCCAAAGUUAAUGGCGUACAAUAUGCGAACAUGGUACUACCUGCAACCUUUGAAGUUUGUAUCAUAUUUUCUCUUCCACAUGCAACUUCAACUACACGUCUUUUUCUUCACGGAACACCGGCGUCGACACUAUUACCUUACACUUACCCCCCCCAUCAACCCCCUCUUUCUUUCUUUCUACUUCUCUCCCAAAAACAAACAAUUCCCCCCAAACCACACUCUCACAAUGUCCACCCCAAACGUAAACAACGAAUACAUGCCCGUCUUCCCAUCCAGCAAUGCAGCAGCAGUCCUCGACGAGCGCGUAAGAAAGUUCAUAGCAGACUUCUACGCGACGUCGGACGACAAGGCGCGCAACGAGGAGUGGGUGGCUUGCUUCGCGCCCGAUGCCGUGGUGGUGAUGGGGGAGAGAAGGGCGAGGGGGCGGGAGGAGAUCCGCCGCCUGCGCGAGGGCAUGUGGGAGCACAUCACGAGGCGGAAGCACAGGCCGGCGAAGGUGUUUCCGGCUUCGUUUGGGGAAGGGGCCGGGGGUGGGGAUGGCGUCGUCGCUGAGUACAUGCUCUACGGGUCGUUGGAUGCGGUCACAAAAAAGAAGGAGGGGGAGGGGGAGACGAUGACGAUGGAGUGGGCGGGACGCGCGGUGCUGAGGGAGGUGAAGGAGGAGGGGAGGUUGUGCUUUGGGUUUUAUCAGGUUUAUUUGCAUAGGAAAACCACUUGAUUUGAUCCAGCCUCUCUUUUCAGAUGCUCGUAAGGCACUGCGAUGAUGCAAUGAAUUUGCUCUUUGUCUACCUGGGUCCCUACAUGUAUGUAUGUACAAUACAACUUGGUACUCGGGUAGGUACAUACAAAGCAAUAAAGCAAUAGCUUGAGGUAUUAGAGGCAUGACCUUCAAUAUUUUAUCAUUAUCAAUAGGACAAUUUUGAGUUUUGCCUCCUUAAAAGCUAUUGGCGUCAGCAUACCUAUAUUCUGUCUAGUACACAGAGAGACAGUUGACCCGGUGAUUUUCUAAUUGGCAUACACGUACAUCAGCUGAUUUGAUGUCCUCUAUUUACCUUGAGUCAAGGGCGUCACAAUCACGAUGGAUAUGAUGUACAAAUAUACUAUCCAAGUAGAG